AUGAUUUCAACUGACAUUGUGUUUACGCCUCUGGGCUUUGCAGCUUUUGUGGUUCUCCUUGCGUUCUCACUGCUGUGGCGAAGACAGAACAAUAAGCGCAGCACUCUUCCUCAGGCUCAUAACGAAAGACAAAAAGUUCCAUCCAUACCAUUUCAAACACCAUUGCCUAAGCCGGCGGAAGGAUACAAGUUGGAGCUUACAGACCCUAAACUCUAUCGACCGUUCCGCCAUGGGCCCAACUUCGUCACCAUGGGCAUUCGGAAGAUGGACUGGGACGAGUGGAUUGAGAUGGAUUCGAAUUUCAUCCCUUAUCACAACGCAAAGGUUCGCGAGUUAGAGAAGGACACUGCAUCUCGCGUGCAGUAUGUUGAUAACGAAGUCACACGACUAGCCUGCUUUGAGGUGCUGGACGAGUUGACACAAUAUCUUACGCAUCGCUAUCCAGAAGUCUUCCAACUACACGGCAACAUCCUCCGUAACACAGUUACCGCUGAGGAGUUUCAAUACCCAGCACCAAACCCAACGGAAGCUAUGGUGACAGCAGCAAAGAUUGUGCAGGACGACCUUGUUGUCAUGGUAUUGAACGACGAUGGCCAAUACCACAUAGAUGCCGGAGCAGUCUGCCUACCUGGCUUCUGGCGCUUGACUGAGAAAUACCGCAUGUCGCUCGACGAACUGCACAUCGAAGCCGGGGUACCUCAUUACCAGGAAAAAUUGCAAAAGGCGAUGAACCGCUUCUUUGCCAAUAUGACGUGUGAAAAGCCUAUCAUCCGAAACAACUUCUUUAUUCAACUCGAUGACGGUUUAGCGUGGUCCCACCGUAUGGGUGAUCAAAACUCGAACACAGUUGCCUCCUGGGCUACCGCCAACUCCGAAGGUCUUCGUAUCGAAGACAUCCACUUUCGCUCGGAACGUCAGUCACUUCGACGUCUUCCAAAGUCUAAAGCUUUGCUCUUCACUAUUCGAACGUACUUUGAGCCGGUUACGACCAUCGCGAAAGAGCCGCAUGUGCCAGGGAGAUUGGCAGAGGCGAUUAGGAGUUGGGAUGAGUCAGUUAGUUACUACAAGGGAAGAGAACAUUGGGAAGGACUACUGCUUCCAUAUUUAGAUGAGGAGCAUAGGAAGCAGGUUGAUAGUGGGGUGUUGGAAAAGCCGGAAGGUGAAUUUCCGUUCUGA